AAAAAAUACAUGAACGAACUACCCGAACAGGUCGGUGCUUCAUUCAUUUCGCAUCAGUUGCCGGUAGAGUUUGCACCGCCGUCCGCAUCGCACCGCAUAAUGGCGCAAGUAUUUUUCGGCCAGAUUAUUCACGCCAAGUCCUUCGACGAGCUGGAACUGCUCGCCGACGGUUAUCUGGCCGUCCGGGAGGGUAAGAUUGUCGCAAUUGGGCCGAAGGCCGACUUUGAGUCGCUUCCGAAGAAGGACUCGUACGAGAAGGUUGAGCUGAGCGAAGCUCAGUUUUUGCUGCCGGGAUUCGUUGAUUGCCACAUUCAUGCGCCUCAGGCGCCUAACAUUGGGUUGGGGCUGGAUAAGGAUUUGCUGGGUUGGCUGAAUGCGUACACGUUUCCGUUGGAGUCCCAGUACAAGGAUGUGGACUUUGCCCGGCAUGUGUACAGUUUGGUCGUGCGGGACACGAUCGCCGCUGGGACCACGUGCGCGUGCUACUUUGCCACGAUCUACAACGAUAGCAACAAGGUGCUCGCGGAGGAGAUCAUACGCCAGGGACAGCGGGCAUUUGUGGGGAAGGUCUCGUCGAACCGACUCUGUCCGGAUAACUAUGUGGAAUCCUGUACAGAUAGCUCAGUCCAGGACAACAUCGAGUUCAUCGAGUACCUACUUGCGAAGAAAGUAGAUCGCGUUCAACCGAUCAUCACGCCCAGGUUCGCGAUCACCUGCGAUAUGGCGUUGAUGAAGAAGCUCGGAGAGCUUGCGGAACGCUACAAGUUGAACAUUCAAUCGCACAUCUCCGAAAACCUCGGCGAAGUGUCCACGGUGAAGGAAUUCUACCCGGAAAGUAAGAACUACUCUGACGUCUACGACGAAGCUAAGCUGUUGACCAAUCGGUGCGUAAUGGCCCACGGAGUCCACCUCGAAGACGAUGAGUUGAAAGUAUUCAGUGCCCGGGGAUCCUCGGUGGCGCACUGCCCUACGUCCAACACCAACCUGGGCUCCGGGAUGUGUGACGUGAAGCGUCUGCUGAAGGCCAACGUAAAGGUUGGGCGAACGGACGUGUCCGGCGGCAACCGGAUCGGCAUUAUUGACGUGAUGCGGGCCGCGUUGGACGUUUCGCACCAUUUGAACAUGAUGAAGAAGCAGGACGUCAAGGGAACUGGGGGUUGUACCGGGGUCACCGAGAACGAGCAGUAUGUGCCAAUGAACUACAAACAAGUCGUUUAUCUGGCAACGCUUGGCGGUGCGGAGGCCAUGGCCAUCGCCGACAAGGUCGGCAACUUCACCGUCGGCAAAGAGUUUGACGCCCUGCUCGUAGACACCUCCGUUGGGCCCAUCAAUCGCUACAAGCUGCCAUCGGUGCUGACGGAGCAGAAAUCCCCCGACGAGCUGCUCCUGGAACAGCUGCAAAAGUUCGUGUACGUCGGCGACGACCGCAACAUUGUCCGCGUGUUCGUCGCAGGUCAACAGGUCAAAUAGUGUGGCUUGAAACACGCAAAAUUUACAACAUUCCAGUUGAAUGAUCAAAUCAGAACCAGUGGAAUAUAAAAACAAGUGUUAUAACGUGACGUGCUAAAUAUUUCGACGAAAUAAACGAACAAAACAAAAAAGC